UUAGGUGUCAAAUUUCAGAUGGACCAUAACCGCUAUUUAACAAAUUCGAUCAAUCUGAGAGUCGAAGAGAUUUGAUUAGAUUUUGAUUUCGUGGAAGAGCCGAAGAUGCAAGUCGAAUCAAAGAUGCUUCAAAUCCGACUAAGCAAGGGCCCAUCCUCGGACGCUGGCGGCUCCUUGAAGCCAUUGCCAGUGGAAACGGUGACGGUAACUUGCCCCGACCACCUCAUUCUCGCCGACCUUCCCGUUGCGAAGAGCGUUGGCGCCGCUACCUCCUCCUCGCUCUUGAAGACCGUCGGUCGUAGGUCCCGCCGCCAGCUCGGCGAGCGAGUCCACUUCUGCGUUCGCUGCGAUUUUCCCAUAGCGAUCUACGGCCGCUUGAGUCCUUGUGAGCAUGCCUUCUGUCUCGAUUGUGCAAGGAGUGAUUCAAUUUGCUAUCUUUGUGAUGAACGUAUACAGAAGAUUCAGACACUUAAGAUGAUGGAGGGGAUCUUCAUCUGUGCAGCUCCUCACUGUCUUAAGUCGUUUCUGAAGAAGACUGAAUUUGAGUCUCAUAUCCAUGAGAGCCACGCUGAGCUUUUACAGCCUAACGCAGACAAAGAAGAUGGUAAAGAAUCAGAGGUUCAGAGUGCUAAACAACCUACAGGUUCAGAUUCCACUGUUCGAGGUCCUCCAAGGCCUGCAAAUUCUCCUGGUUCAAACCCCCAGCUACAUGAUAUUGAAGACAAAGUUCGUUGGCAGCAGCCCAGAGAACAAAUGCCUCUGAGGCCAAUGAUGCCAAUGGGAUUUGGUCAAUUGCAGAAUUAUCCAUCAGGCCCCCAACUGGACAAUAACCAUCCCCCAGGCUUUGACAGGUCUGGCCCUCUCAACCAUUUCCAACAAGGCUUUGACCGGCAGGGCACCCCACAACCAGAAUCUAGUCAGUUUUCGGACAAGCAGCAGGGACUCUUAUCUGAGAACCAGUUUUCUGAAUACCCGCAUAUGCAUUCCAUGCAACCACCUAAUUUUGUUACAUCAAUGAAUUCAAAUCCUAUGUUAAAUCCAUAUGGCGUUCCUCCAUUUCCAACUGAUGGAGCUCAAUCAUUUUAUGGUGCUCCCUAUGAGAUGGCUCGGCCGAGUUCAGCACCCGAUGUUGGUUCCGAACAGGGGUCAUUGUUGGGUUUCCCAUCAGGUCCACUUGGGGCUGUAAACUACCCAGCAGCUUUUCCUCAGUCUUGGAAUGGGGGGCAACCUGGUGUCCACUUUGAAGCUUCGCCUGGUGGUCACUUGGUGGGGGAUGGUUUUGCGAAUUAUCAAGGUGAUUAUAGGCGAAAUCCUGGAGGUUUACCAAUGAUUCCUCCCCCACCAACUGCUAAGAAAGGGAUGGAAGCUGUGCAGGGUAGUAAUGCCAUAGACCCUAGGGAUGGCAAAGGUAUAAUUGAUACCACACCCACGGAAGUUCUGGCACCAGCUCCACUUCCACAUCAUAUGUCACAACUUAAACGAGGCAAGUUCCACUCUGGUGAUAUUGGUCGUGACGGAAAAGGGUUUGGGUGGCAGCAAGAGAACCUUAAUGGCUUUGCAGGUAGCCAGGACUAGGAAUUGCUUGUAUUUUUUUGGUCAACAUGUGAUCUUUUCUCGUUUUGGGUCUUUGAUUAAGCUUUGUAAUGGGCUGUCGAUUUCUUAAUAUCAUAAAGAGCAUUCUACUCCCUUUUAUAUGAUUGAGUUUGCAAAUUUAUGAUUUGCAUCUAGGUUCU